AUGAAGUACACAAGGGUCACCUCCAUUGUAACUGCCCUGAUGCUUCAACUAAUUAUAUCUGGAGAAAAAGUUGUAUUGCCAGGAAAUGUCAUUAGCCUUGAGCACAAUGCUUUUGAUGACCAAUAUGUGGGCUGUGAAGAGCAUAUGGAGAUACGGGCAGAAGAGCUCUUAAUUCAAGAAAAGGCAAUGAACUCAAAUUUCAAUGAAGUUUGGAAAAAUUCAGAAAUUAUAUGGAAAAAUAUGUCUGCCGACAAGAAGAAAAUGAAGAUGCCAUUUGAAGUUGCUGUCAUUGCCUACACAAUGGAAAGAAAUAAGAUUUACCCAGCCUUUAAUCAAGCAGUGAGAAAAUGCUGUCAGUCCCGGGAGGAUUAUAUGAACAACUUCCAUUUCAAAGCUCUCCAUUUCUAUCUGACCAGAGCUGUUCAAAUCCUGGGAAGAUCCUGCAAAAAUGUGUACAGGGGCAUCUCUGUGGCACAGCACCCUGACGGAACCGGGGAGAUGCGCUUUGGUCAAUUUGCUUCAACCUCUCUGAAACAAGAUCAGGCCAGAAAAUUCACAUAUGGCUCAGGGACAUUCUACAAGGUGUACACCUGUAAAGGGGCUCUUAUUGAAUAUUUGUCAGUCUUUCCAUAUGAAAAGGAGGUGCUGAUCCCCCCAUAUGAGCUGUUCAAUGUCUCUGGGUUCUCAGAUUCUGGAGGCUUAAAAAAUGUUGAGCUACGUAGCAAAGGAACAUUUAGCAAGUUUAACUGCGCCUACCUACAAGCUCCUGGUAAUAAGGCAGCAGUCCCUGGACAACUGACAACCAUCUUAUUCUCUGCAGUACUCACUCUGGUCCUCCAAGCUCAUUCCCAGACCUUGACAGGGUUGUUAUUACAAUGGGGAACCAUAUAG